AUGAGCCAGACAAAUGCGACGACCAUCAAAUUUCGCCUGUCCAACACAUCGCUCGCUUUCGCUAACUCGCUACGGCGCGUGAUGCUCGCAGAAGUGCCCACAAUCGCCAUCGAUCUCGUCGAAAUCGAGAACAACACGUCGGUACUCGCAGACGAAUUCCUCGCACAUCGACUCGGCCUGAUCCCGCUCAGCACGAAAGGUGUUGACGAAAUGAUCGAUUUCCGUGACUGCACCUGUGACGAGUACUGCGACAACUGCAGUGUGGUUCUGAGACUCAAUGCCGUCAAUCGAAGUAGCGACCAGAACCUCAAGGUCUUUGCGCGCGACCUGUUCGUGGAGUCGGCAGCACCGGGAGGAUACAACCGCACAAACGGCGUUAAUGGCAAUUCCGUCGACGAACUUCCGCCACGGGGACAUCCCAUCAUCAUGGACCCUGCAGGCCAUGGGCCUCUGAUCUGCCAGCUGCGAAGAGGUCAGGAGCUGCGCAUAAAGUGUGUGGCGAAGAAGGGCAUCGCCAAGGAGCAUGCGAAGUGGGCCCCAACAGCUGCGAUAGCAUUCGAGUAUGACCCGUGGAAUAAGCUACGACACACGACGCUGUGGUACGAGACAGACCCAAAAGCCGAGUGGCCAGAACCUGCGAAGAACGGAGAAUGGGAAGAGCCGCCUCAAGAAGGAGAGCCUUUCAACUACGACGCCGAGCCGAACCAGUUCUACAUCGACCUUGAGGGUACAGGAGUCAUGCCACCAGAUCAGAUCCUGCAUUCCGGCAUUAGAGUGCUGCAGAACAAGUUCGCAUCUAUCAUCAAAGAGCUCGAUGCAGGAGCAGACGACGGACAGCAAAAUGGAUUUGGCGGUUUCAGUCCGGGGCAAGACAUGGCGAAUGGAGGCCAAACGCAAUACGGUGGGCAGAGUGCGUAUGGCGCAGGUACUGCUUAUGGCGGUGGUUACGGAGAUGGUGGCCAAACACCAGGAUAUGGUGCUACCAGCGUGUAUGGGCAACAUACGCCCUACGGACAACGUCCAUACUAG